AUGAAGUACUUUGCCAAGUCGGCCAUGAAGAACACCGCCACCAAGAAGGGCGUCAACUGGGACGCUUACAAGGACAGCAUACUCAACAACCCUGAGCAGCAGCAGCAGCAGCAGCAGCAGCAGCAGCAGCAGCAGCAGCAGCAGCAGCAGCAGCAGCAGCAGCAGCGGCGGCGGCAGCAGCAGCAGCAGCAGCAGCAGCGGCAGCAGCAGCGGCAGCAGCAGCGGCAGCAGCGGCAGCAGCAGCAGUGA